CCGCCCGGCGUUUCCUCUUCCGGCGCGGGGCCCCGCCCCCUCCGCCCCCCGCGGCCUCGCGGCGUCGCCGGAGGAAGAGGAGGGGGGAAGAGGAGGAGGAAGAGGAAGAGCUGCGCCACAGGCGGAGGCGGAUGGGCACGCCCCCCCGCAGGAUGGCGGAGGGCUGGUCCGAGUGCCCGGCGCUGGGCCCGGGCUGGCAGCGCCGCGAAGCUUUUCGGAAAUCCGGGGCCACCAGCGGCCGCAGCGACACCUACUACAGGAGCCCCACAGGGCAGAAGUUCCGCAGCAAGAUCGAGCUGCGGCGGUUCCUGGGCCCCGGGCACGACCUGAGCAACUUCGACUUCAAAUCGGGGCUGCGGCGGCCCGGCCCCAGCCGGCCCAGGAAGAGCCCCAAAUGGCGCCUGCCCGCCGGGCCCCUCCCGGAGCCCCCCAAAAUCGUCAAGAAGGAGGAGGUGGAGGUGGAGGUGGGCGGGGCUGAGACCGACAAGGCCCCGCCCCUGCCACAGGAGGCCCCGCCCGCAUCGGUUCAGGGCCCCGCCCGCAUCGGUUCAGGCCCCGCCCGCAUCGGUUCAGGCCCCGCCCGCAUCGGUUCAGGCCCCGCCCGCAUCGGUUCAGGCCCCGCCCCUCCCUGCGCAGGCCCCGCCCCCUCCGGUCGUGGGCCCCGCCCCCUCCUGUCCAGGCACUGCUUCUGCUGGCUCAGGCCACGCCCCCCUCAGUCGAGGCCACGCCCCCUCCCGUUGAGGCCACGCCCCCGCCGGAGCCCCCCCUCCGCAGGACCCGGAAGCGGCCGCCCCCCGGAGCCCCCCCAGGACGGGGUGGUGGCCCCAGAGACGAGACUUCAACCGGGAGCAGCGAUUCUACAAGCGGGGUGGGCUGUGGCUCGUGCCAGGCCUGUCGCAUCCCCGAGGACUGCGGCAUCUGCAGCGCCUGCGCCCCGCAACCCCCCCGGGGGCCCCUCCGGGCCCGGCCCGACCCCCAAGUGCCUCCUGCGCCGCUGCCUGCGCAUCGUCAAGAAGGGCCUGGGCUGCGGCUCCUGCGCCGGCUGCCUGAGCACCGAGGACUGCGGCAGCUGCUGCAUCUGCCUGCGCCGGCUGCAGCCGGGCCUCAAGCGCCAGUGGCGCUGCCUGAGGCGCCGCUGCCUGCGCCCCAAGAAAGCCAGGGCGGCCAAGAAGACCCAGAGUCCGCGGCCCCUGACAGAGAAGUGGAAGCCCCCCGUGGAGAGGGAGCCCAGUGACGCCUCCAGCACCCGGCAGAGAAAGCCGCUGACCAAGGGGAAGGAGAAGAAGAAGCCGGGGCGACCCCCGAAGCCCCCCGGGCCCCGCGGUGGGGCUGGGGUGAGUGACAGCCCCUGGCUCCGCCCCCUGCCCCUUAGCCCCGCCCCCUCUACCCCUGGCCCCGCCCCUCCCGGGGCAGCUAUUAGGGGCGGGGGGGGGGGGGGGGGGAAGCCGUAAUGCCCUUAAUAUAAGGGCCUGAAAAAGGGGACAAUAUUGGGGUGCAGGUACCGUAAUUAUCCUAAAGGCUGUCCCAGCCCCAAUGCCGGGGUUCAGGCUGUGGAAUAUUGGGGUGCAGGUACCGUAAUUAUCCUAAAGGCUGUCCCAGCCCUACUGCUGGGGUUCAGGCCAUGGAAUAUUGGGGUGCAGGUACCAUAAUUACCCUAAAGGCUGUCCUAGGCCCCAGUGCUGGGGUUCAGGCCAUGGAAUAUUGGGAUGCAGGUACCGUAAUUACUCUAAAGGCCGUCCCAGCCCCAAUGCCGGGGUUCAGGCCAUGGAAUAUUGGGGUGCAGGUACCAUAAUUAUCCUAA